AUGUCUGGAACCUCCAUCUUCAUCCCGCAAGGAUUCUCCUACGUCGCGGCAUCACUCAUCUCUGUGCCACUCGUCCUGCAAUGGCAAGCAAUAUACGUUAGCAUGGCGCGCAAGGCCGCCAAAGUCGAGUACCCCCGAGCCUACGCGGAGAAAGCCGAGCAGGAGGCGUCCCCCGCGGCCAAGGUCUUCAACUGCAGGCAGCGCGCCCAUGCCAACACCCUUGAAAAUGUGCCCGGCGCUAUUGUCCUGACCCUUUUGGCGGGUCUGGGUUACCCGGUGUUCGCUGCUAGCGCUCUCGGCUUCUGGUCGUUCACCCGCAUCAUCUACACCAUCGGCUACGGCACUGGCGACCCCGCGAAGCGCAUCAUCGGUUCUGAGCUUUCUGGCUUGACACUCUUGGCUCUUCUCGGUGGUGCUGGAAAGGUCGCGUACGACUUCUAUGUGCAGGGUCUCUAA